AUGGAGUCCAUGAUUAAGGAGUGGUCGGUUUUUCUCGAUCGCUGUCUCGAGGCUCGCAUUCACUCUGAUGUUUUUGCUGCCGCCGUCGCGCAGCUGCACGCCAAGUCUCCACUGCCAGGCCGAAAGGUCGCCGCCCUGCUGCUUCGCCCACGCGUCGCCGGCGCCGGCAUCAUCGACCCGCGCCUGAUAGGCUUCCUCGAACAAUUGCUGGCCUUGAACAAAGUCGAUGCCUCUGAUGUCCUCACAAUCACGUUCCUAUACUCCAAGGAUCGGCUUCCUGUCAAGACAGGCGACGACAAGCAUGCCAAAGAUGCACCCUGGAGCAACCCGCCAGAGCUGGAAGAGAUCGUUUUCCACCGCUUGCACAAGGCUUUUGCUGCAGAGGAGCGUCCGAUCAACAAUGUCGAGGGUUUGCGUACCCUCGUGGUCAUUACCCGCUGGAUGCAGGCCAUGGUGACUUCGCACACCAGCGAUACCAUGAUCCAGGCCAUGGCCGGCAUACAGCAACCCCAACAGCAGUCGAUCAACGUGCGCGAAGGCCUCGCCAUGCUCGUGAUUGGUGUCAUUGAAAAUUCAAAAAUCCUACGCAUCCUGAACCAUGAAAAAGCCAAAGACGUACGCAAGGCAUUCACGCAGUCACUUUCAUCCUUCAUUCCGUUUCUUUCCAAUAAUUCAUCAGGCUCCCAGACAUCCUUAUCCUUGGCAAACCGACUGGAAAUCUCGCAAAAGCACCAUGAUUUCUACCCAAAACUGUCACAUGUCAAUGGCGAGGGCAACGAGCACGCUGGUCUCGAAGUCGCUGCGCUGCAGCUCGAUGCAGUCAUGGAGCUGCCACAAGCAAACACACGAGCUGGCAUGUACAUCUUCCUGAACGCCUUGCUUGUUGCACGCCCGCUUACAGACGACUUUACCAUUAUUAGCCACUUGCAUACACGAUACAAGCUCGAGCCUCAAAAUAUGGCAACUGAUUUGAUUACGGCUGCCUUUGACAUUCUCGCCAACGCCAUGUACCGCAGUGAACCUACUGAAACCCUGUUUUACCUGAAAUCAUUCCUGAUCAACAAGGUGCCCGUACUCUUGACGCAGAUUUCGGGCUCCAUAUUUCCAAUGACGGUUGAAAUGUGCAUCACCCAAGCCCUGAAUCACGUAGACCCCAGCGCUUUCCCAUCCUUCUCACAGGGCUUUGACGAUAUCAUGGGAAGUAACAAUUCCCUCUCAGACGUCAGACAGGACUACCUUAAUGCCUGUGUGCUUCAUGGCCUGAUUCCAGGAGGCACCGUGGAGCGUCUCUUGGGCGAAGCCCCGAUGCAGGGGCCACCAGCAAAAAGGUAUGAGAGGAAGGAAUUGUUGAAUCAAUGCAAGUCCAAUUUCGACAAAGUCAGCCUCUACAUUGACGAGCUUGAAAACCUUGACGGAAAUGCUGGUGCUAUUGUUGCCGCUGUGACAGACUUCAUAUCACACCUCUGCGAGACACAAACCACCAUGUAUUUGAAGCAGCUGUCAUGCCUCAUUUUCAAAAAGCCACGCGCUAUGGAUGUGAUGCUCCAAUUUACCUCGCCAGCCAGCAUACUGCGGCCCUUGUGCCAGUUUCUCGACGAUUGGCACUAUGAUAGCGAUCAAGGUGAAUAUCAGCCCGUCUACGACGAGUUCGGUGCCAUAAUUGUUCUCAUCAUGGCCUUUAUAUACCGCUACGAUCUAACAUACCACGAUAUCGGCAUUGGCCACGAUGCAUUCAUCGCAAAGCUCCUGCAGCACGGACAUGAGAGUAUAAGGCUGAAUGAAAUGACUGAAGAGCAGAGCAGACAUCUCGGAAGCUGGCUCAAAGGCCUUUAUGACUCUGACAAGGAAGGGUUAAGCAACGAUGUGUUCGCUUCGUGUCGCCCACAAGAGUUCUACUUGAUAGUGCCAACGCUGUUCAAACAGACCGUGAUAGCGUGCUCUACCGGCGUUUUAUCGUUUGAGACUGUCAAGGGCGGACUGGAAUAUCUGGGAGAGACGUUCCUCUUGCCAUCUCUAAUCGGCGGCCUGACCUGGAUGGCUUCUUAUGCGCUUCUGCAGACCCACAAUGAUCUAGAUGCAAUGAUACGCAUCUUCAACGAGGUCAUACUCUCUACACCGUCAUCUGGGGAUGCGCAGGCUAUGCACUCUACCAUCAUAGCUAUGGUGUCGAGCCAUCUUGAAAAGUGCUUUCGCACACUGCAGCGGCGAGAACCAAAUCGCACCACGCUUGAGCCCUUUAUCCAGGCAAUCAAAGUGCACGCGCACUACGAACGCACUGUUUAUGCCUCCAUGAAGGAAUUGGACCAAUGGACCAACGCGCCGAAUAGCACAUUGAACACGUCUCUACGGCACACGGUGUCACAGCUCUCGCAAUGGGCUUCGACUGCUUCGAUGCAGCCAAACCCGCCCAGCUAUACCCAUCGUCAGGUAUAUGCUUCGCUGAAGAUGCUGGGUGCGAUGCGAACAUUGCGGGCCAUUGUAGACGAAGUCAAGGCACAGACUGAAACCGGCAAUAGGGCAGCUGCGCUCGAUGUCGGUGUGUCGAUGAUAUGCGCACCGACUGUUGAGGAUAGUCCUAUUUCUGUGGAUUGGGUAGGAAGCUCUAUACCGGCGCCGACGCCACAACGCACUCAUAUCAAUCUUCGCGAGAUCCUCAAGCAGGCUUUCGACAGUGCAGCUAAUCUGGUGACCGCGGAUCCCUUGACAGCGGAGACGAUUGUACGACUGCACCGACGUGUGGAGGCUCACUUUGCGUCGUUGGCAGAGAAUGGACUGCAAGCACCAGCCAUCAACAUGCCCAGUGUCAACAUUGCAGACAUGCAAUCGCAGUCGAUAUCGGAUCACCUGAAUCGAGCCAUGGACGACGCUGCAGCUGCAAGCAUGGUGGACGAUAUUUCAAACAUGGACAACAAGGCGCUUCAGCGCAGCAUGGACGAGCUUACUGGUACUGAAGGCUUGGAUCUGUCGGGCAUUGGCAUGGGUAAUGGCGAUGGAGGAACUGGGGAUAUGAGCACUGAUUUGGGCAACCUACCCGACUUGGACUUGGGCGAUAUGGGAGGAAUGGGCAUAGACAUGGACAUGAGCAUGGACAUGGGCGGAGGCGGAGGCGAUGACGACUGGGGCCUCGACUUUGACAACAUGUAG